AAACAAUAAGACGCGUCGUCUGCAAUUGCGCUCGUCCGGAACACAAAAGAGACCGCCCUCUUUCCCUCUCUCUCCCCUCCGAAAUCUCAUUUUUUCAUACGAAAAAAGCUUCUGCAAAUUCAUCCAAUUCAACAAUGGAGAACCGGGCGGUUCAAGAGAUAUUGGAGAAGCAAUUGCUGACGGUUGCGAAGGCGGUGGAGGACAAGCUCGACGAGGAGAUCGCAGCCCUAGAUCGAGUUGACGAUGACGAUCUAGAGGCGCUUAGAGAGCGGAGGCUUCAGCAAAUGAAGAAAAUGGCGGAGAAGCGCAGCCGUUGGAUCUCCCUCGGACAUGGCGAGUACUCUGAGAUUCCUUCCGAGAAGGACUUCUUCUCUGCCGUCAAGGCCAGCGACCGGGUCGUCUGCCACUUUUACCGCGAAAAUUGGCCCUGCAAGGUAGUGGAUAAGCACUUGAGUAUAUUGGCGAAGCAACACAUGGAGACACGUUUUGUGAGGAUCAAUGCUGAGAAAAGUCCCUUCUUAGCGGAGAAGCUCAAGAUUGUUGUUCUUCCAACCAUUGCUCUUAUUAAGAAUGCCAAAGUGGAUGAUUAUGUGGUUGGAUUCGAUGAGCUUGGUGGGAAAGACGACUUCAGCACAGAAGAACUGGAAGAGAGAUUGGCUAAAGCCCAAGUCAUUUUUUAUGAAGGUGAAUCGUCUAUGAAGUCUAGUGCACAAACCAGGAGCGUCCGGCAAAGCAGCAAGGCCGACUCAUCAGAUUCAGAGUAAAGCCAUAGCUAUCUGUUUUGGUUGUUAUUAGAAAGCAGAGCUGUUCUUUCUUCGCCAUUUGCGGAGUCACAAAUUCACCUGCUUUUGUGGAAUGGCCUAGUUUAUGAUUCGUAUGAAGUUCAGAUGUAUUACUGCCUCUUUACGGUAUCGUUGAGACCAUCAUCUAGAUGGUAUAACAAUAGUGUCGAUGCUUGUAUUAACGAAAAAACAAAGCUCUGUGAGCUUUUCGCAAAAUAUUAAUCCCCAGUGAGGUAGCGAAAAAUUGAAAUUAUCAUGUGGUUUGUUUGCUUUGUUUUGUUAGGUUUCUGCUGUGUGGGGGUUACUGGUUUUUGGUCAACAUGUUACACCAGUUGAGAUUUCUCCUAAAUGAAUGCUUUUUUCUGUUU